AAUGUACCCUCCCCUCUCUCACCAUCACCAUCAUCAUCAAAAGCUAACAAAAACCAGAAAAUAAACGCUCGAAACCAACAAAAACAAAUUAUCUCUCUCUCUCUCAAAGAAAGGGGAAAAAGAAAAAGAGAGAUCAAGAGUUUUUAUUUUCCUAUUUUAAUUAUGAGGAGAAAGUGUAGAACAAUUGGAGAAAUUGCAGUUAUGGAACUAGCUGACGUCGGAGUUCAAACGCGAGCCGUGGCAACAACCGGAAGAGUUCAGAAGAAACGCAGAAGAUUAAACGACGGCAACAAAGAAGAGGAACGUAGAAAAGUAACUUCUUCUACAACCUCAACUACAUCUUAUAUCCAGUUAAGAAGUCGGACAAUUCUGGCGGAUCGCCAUCGUCGUGAGGGCAAUCUGUGUUUGAGCCUUAACUCGGAUCAUGAUGAUGACGUCUCAUGUUGUUCAAGCAAUAUUGAAUCGAGUGAUAAAAGGAUUAUGGAAUUGCCAGAUCUGGAGGAUGAGAGUGUUGAAGUUGAAACGUCCACGCAUUUCAGCAGCAGCGAAAGAGAAACGACACCGUUGAAUGAGCUCCGAGCUGAACCAGAAGACCUGGAUUCAACGUCGAGGCCAUCAGAGACGAAUUCUCGCCGUAGGUCAACGGUGGAGAAAAUGCCAACCGAAGCUGAACUCGAAGAAUUUUUUGCUCCUGCCGAGAAAAAACUUCAGAAACAGUUUGCAGAUAAGUAUAACUAUGAUACUGUCCAAGAUGAACCGUUGGAAGGACGUUACGAGUGGAUUCGAUUAAAGCCAUGAAUAAAAUGUCAAGCAAUUACUAAUUUAUUUAGACGAGGCGAUUUGUCUUAGGCACUGUUACUAAUUUAAAAUUUUAGGUUCUUUUUACAUUUCUAGGGUUUUCUUAUUACAGAAUGACGAAGAAGAAGAAAAUGAAGCUUCUUUCCGAUAAAAGAAAAUUGUAGGAAAUCCCUUAAAAUUCGUGUCUGUUUCUUCGGCUAAAUUCUGCUGUUUCUCUCUUCAUUCUUUCUCUGGUACGGCGCCACUGCUUUCGUCAGUUGUAGAAAUUCUUAUGUUUUGUAGUUAUUUUUAUGCAUUAAUUUAAUAAAAUAAAAUUUAUAAACAA